CAGCAGCAGCAGCAGCAGCAGCAGCACCAUCCGAACCGCCCACAGCCCUGGUACCCAGCGGCCCGCCCUCCGACGCCCUCCCACUCGCCCCCCCUGCCGCUGCUACACGCUCUCUAGACCCGUGUCUGGAGCUGGCGGUGUGCCGGCACCUGCUCUUCCCCAAGAUGGGCAGCGAUGCAGCGGCCACGGUGUUCAACGCCGCCAAGAUCACGUGGCACCAGUUCCGCUGCAACGCCCCCUCCAUCCUCUCCAACGACCGCCUCGUUGUGCGCGUGGGCGACAGGUACUACCCCUGGUCCGUCGCUGCCCCCAAGCUCGUCGGCAUGCUCGCCUUCGGCCAGAUGAUGCCUCCCCUGCUAGUCGCCGAUGGCGCCAUUCCCGUGGAGAAACCGCCGCCCCCUCCCCCGCCGGCGCCUAAGCCCGGGCAGGAGCAGAAGCAGCUGGUGGUGAGGGGCGCGGAGGGGGGAGGCUGGCGGUUGUGGCCGUUUGGGGGCAGGCGGGGAGGGGCAGGGGGGGCGGUGGGAGCAGCGGGGAUGGCGGCGAAGGUGAUGAGUGGGGGGGCGGUGCAGGCGGACGUGAUGCUGGCGGCGGCAGCAGCAGCCAACGUGGCGAUCCACAUGGAGAGGAGCAAGGCCGGAGGGGGCGGUGGCGCUGCUUCCGCCGCCGCAGCCGCCGCUGCCGUGCGGUUCGCACAGCCGGGGCUGUUGCGAGGGGGGCAGCAGGCGCAGCUGCUGCUGCGGGAGCGCGAGAACGAGUUCUACGAGCGCGCCACGCACGUGCGGUCGCUGACGCCCACGUCGCAGCAGCUCAAGGCGCUGGGGCUGAAAGAGGGCAAGAACCGCGUGCAGCUGACGUUCACCACUCGCAUGUGGGGGCGGCAGGAGGUGCAGUGCUCGCUGUUCGUGUGGCGGUGGAACACACGCAUCGUGAUCAGCGACGUGGACGGCACCAUCACCAAGUCGGACGUGUUGGGGCAGGUGAUGCCGCUCAUGGGAGCGGACUGGACGCAGAUCGGCGUGGCCAGGCUCUUCACGGCCAUCCGGGCCAAUGGCUACGAGCUGUUGUUUCUCAGCGCCAGGGCCAUCCAGCAGGCUGCCCUCACUCGCUCCUUCCUCUUCUCCCUGCGCCAGGACGGGGAGUUCUCGCUGCCCGAGGGCCCCGUGGUCAUCUCACCGGACGGGCUCUUCCCCUCGCUCUACCGUGAAGUCAUUCGCAGGGCCCCUCAUGAGUUCAAGAUUGCAUGCCUCUCGGACAUCCGCGCACUGUUCCCGGCGGACAUGAAUCCGUUCUACGCGGGGUUUGGCAACCGGGACACGGACGCGGUGUCGUACGAGGCCAUGGGCAUUGCGCGCGGCAAGAUCUUCACCAUCAACCCCAAGGGCGAGGUGACGGUGAACAAGGUGCUGAGCGCCAAGUCGUACGUGUCGCUGCACGACCUCGUGCACGACAUCUUCCCCGCCUUCGCCCUCACCACGCCCCAAGGCCCUGAACCCGAGGACUACAACGAUUGGAACUAUUGGAAGACGCCCAUACCAGUCAUCGACGAGGACCUGCCUGAACUCCUCCCCAAGCGCGCUGCGUCGCGCCGCCGCUGA